CCUUCAUAGUACCCAUGAUGGCAUCUCUUGGAGAGGAGAACUCUAACGAUGAUACCCUAAUGUUUAUGGAUCUUGCUAUACAACAGGCAAAGCUAGCUUUGGACAGCCUUGAAGUUCCUGUCGGCUGUGUGAUUGUUCGAGAUGGAAAGGUCAUAGCAUCUGGAAGGAAUCGUACUAACGAGACAAGAAAUUCUACAAGGCAUGCAGAGAUGGAAGCCAUUGAUACUCUUCUUCAGCAGUGGAGAGAAAAGAGGCUUUCAACUUCAGAAGUUGCUGAAAUGUUUUCAAAAUGUUACCUCUAUGUUACAUGUGAACCAUGCAUAAUGUGUGCAGCAGCUUUAUCAAUUAUCGGUAUCAAGGAAGUAUUUUAUGGUUGUGCCAAUGACAAAUUUGGUGGGUGUGGAUCAAUACUGUCAUUGCAUUCAAGUAGCUCUGAGGCACCCAGGAAUGGUGGAGUACCACAGGGGAAAGGUUUCAAAUGCACUGGAGGGAUAAUGGCAUCAGAAGCAGUCUUUCUUUUCCACAACUUUUACGAGCAAGGAAACCCUAAUGCUCCAAAGCCUCAUAAACCUCUGGUUCACCAGGCCAUACAAUGAAUAUGAACGGACUUGGUGUGAUCAGAAUAUCAAGUUUUAGUGAACUUGGUCUACUAACCGAAAGAGCUAGUUAUUAAAUAGUUCUUAAUAUUUUCCGGAAGGGGAUGAGGAAUUGGGAAAUUCAGGAGAGAAGGCACGGCCCUAAAGGGCGUGUAGAUGAAACAUUUCUGAAUAUACUUGGCAGGCCCGAAGCUUUCCAGAGUUUGAGACUUGGUUUUUCUUUGUGAGUUUUGCUUUCAUUCCCAUUAUUAUUACACCCUAAUUACUUGCUCCACUUAGAAUUAAUGUUUCGUACUUUUUCGUUCUAAAUUCUAAAAAAAAAUCUCAAGCUAGCUAGGAUGGCUUCGUUGAUGGGAGACGAAGUGAUGCUAACGCUAUUAUAACCGUUUACCAUAACUAUUUCUGG